AGACCCGUACCAUGUGACCUCCGUGAUCAUUCACAGAUUUCACUUGUAGUAAGCAAUGAUGUCACAAGUGACAUCUUCCUUACUACUUUGCAUGUGAUCACUGAUUGGCCAAUCAGUGAUCACAUGAUCGGGACCUCGUACAGAGGUCCUGUCCGACGAUCGGUGUUUCACUGUGUCCGGAGGACACAGCGGGCACCGGAUCGCGGUGCUGCGCGCUCCCAGGGAGCGCGCACAAGCAGGGUGCGGGGAGGCCGUUUAUAAACGGCCACCCGACCCUGCAGUGCCACC